AUGCGUUUCUCUACCAUCCUCAUUGCUGCCACCGGCGCUGUUGCCGCUUCCCUUCCCGCUCGGACUGUCGAAAAUGUCGCGAACGAGCUUGCCUGCGUUGCCCGCGGCGACAUGGCCUGUGCCGGUCUUGUAGGCAAGCGCAGCGUCGAUGAGAUUGCCAAUGAGCUCGCCUGCGUCGCCCGAGGUGACAUGGCUUGUUCCGGUCUCGUCUCCAAGCGCGGCUCGGACUCCGUUGCUAACGAAUUGGCUUGUGUCGCUCGUGGCGACAUGGCAUGCGCUGGCCUCGUUUCUAAGAAGCGUGCGACUGAGAAUGCCGUCAAUGAGCUCGCUUGCGUGGCUCGUGGCGAUAUGGCUUGUGCUGGCCUUGUUGGCAAGCGCUCCCCCGAGGAGAUCAAUGAACUCGCUUGCGUGGCUCGCGGCGACAUGGCUUGCGCUGGCGCUGUUGCAAAGAAGAGAUCUACUGCUGAGGUUGCGAACGAACUCGCUUGUGUUGCUCGCGGUGACAUGGCCUGCUCGGGUCUUGUUGCUUAA